GGAUUAUCCUAAAUGCAUCACAACAACUGCAAACUAAAGAAGAGCCUUGCCACAAAAUGUGAUACCGCCCAGCGCAAUAAAAAAAACAUAGUUACACCAAACUAGAAACGGAAAUUAAUUUUUCUGAAGUCAGCGCUACUAUCAAUACCCUGCAAUGAAAUAUAUGGCUGUCGUAUCUAUGGAAACCACAAACAGCCCUCAUUAUUCAAUACGCAUGACGUAAUGUCAAGGAAGAUAACCACUUAUAAUGACAUCAAAGGAAAUUUCCGUUCUCCGGCUGUUUCUGUUGUUGGAAUAUUUGAUUCUGUGUGCUGUAGUAGAAACAACAGCAAGUUUUCUCGACGAAAACCCCCAACACCAAAUCACAACUGAGUAUUACAACACCAACACCGUCAGCUAUGGUAACAGCAACGACAACAACGGAAGUAGCGAAGAUCUCCACAGCAACAGCCUCAACGGCAACGACAGCGCCCGAGAGGGGGGCAGGUACAGGGGCGUCAAGGGGUGGACAGACGAACAGCGGCUGUUCUACAAGCUGUUGGAGGGGUACGACCCCAACACCAGACCGGUGUACAACGCCUCUGACGCCGUCCGGGUGUUGAUUGGAAUAACCUUGACACAGAUAUUUGACCUGGAUGAGAAGAAUCAAGUUCUAACCACAAACGUUUGGCUGGACCAGCAAUGGAGCGACCAGAAGCUACACUGGGACCCCGAGGAGUUCAAUGGUCUGAAAGUACUGCGGAUACCUUGUCGACACCUGUGGAAGCCGGAUAUUGUUUUAUACAACAGUGUGGAGGACUACACCGACGGCUACAUGCAGUCUCUGGCCAUGGUCUCCCACACGGGCGAUGUCUUCUGGCCCCCCAUCGUCAAGUUCCAGAGCACCUGUCAGGUAGACAUCACCUACUUCCCCUUUGAUGACCAGGUGUGCAGCAUGAAGCUCGGCUCGUGGGCGUACGAUGGUUUUCAGGUGGACGUGGAUAAUCGCUCUGUACCUGUUGACCUCACUAAUUACGUCAGUAACGGUGAGUGGCACCUGAUCAGUGUCAAGGCCAAGCGUAACGUCGUCUACUACCCCUGCUGCCCGGAGCCGUUCCCCGACGUCACCUUCACCAUCCACCUGCGCCGCCGCACGCUCUACUACACCCACAACGUCAUCAUCCCGUGCGUCAUGCUCUCGACCUUGACCCUGCUGGUGUUCUGGAUGAGCCCCGACUCCGGGGAGAAGGUGACCCUGGGGCUGACGGUGCUGCUGGCCUUCUCCGUCUUCAUGCUGCUGAUAGCCGAAAACAUGCCAGCCACGUCCAACUUUGUGCCGCUGAUAGGCAUGUAUCUGACCACCGUGAUGGGCAUCACGUCCGUGUCCGUCAUGCUAGCCGUGCUGGUCUCCAACAUCAGUCACUGCGGUCAGUACGACACGCCGGUCCCCAAAUUCGUCCGCUGGAUGACCAUCAUCCUCGCUAAACUCAUGCGGCGGAAGUUAAACUUCAUCAAAUCCACCACCACGGAAAUCCGUAUCGUCACAUCCGGUCCACCCAGACGCACCAUCUACCGCGUCAGCAACGGGAAUCACGUGUCCAGCGAUUCGGGUUGCGGGUUGUUGGAAUACGAGUUAGGAGAAAGUCCCAGUAACAGCGAGAAUAUAAAUAGAUUUCCGUCCAGUCGUAUUCCGCCAGCGCAUGCGCCUGACCGCCACAAAGGGGGACACACAAGGGACGAUGACAUUGAAACGAUUUUAGCGCUGCUGAAGAAGGUCCUUCUGAAGGAGCACGGGAAAGACGCUAACGAGGAGAUUAAGCUUCAGUGGCAGGAGGCCGCGCUAGUGCUGGACAAGUUCCUCUUCUACAUCUUCUUCGCCCUGACCAUCACAGCCUCCGUCGUGACCUUGGUCAUCAUGCCGAUGACCAAACCCGAAAACCCGACCCUGGUCAAGUAUACUUAA